CGAAUGGAGUUCCGGUAGCCGAAGCGCUCCGAGCGCAGCCGAGCGCAGUCGGGCCGGCGCGUGGAAUGCGGCGGCGGCGGCGGCGUUGGGCGGGAGCGGGGGCGGCGCCAACGGAGCCCCUUUAGAGCCCGGCCCGGGCCCAGAGCAGCGCUCAGCCAUGGGGCCGCCCUACAGCGACCUCCGAGCAUCCGAGGAGCGCGGCCCCGCGGAGAGCAUCGGCUCGGCGUCGGGCAGCAGGAACGCGCUGCAGCCGCUGCAGGGGGAGGAGGAGGAGGAGGAAGCCUUCACCACUUACUUCGACAGCAAAAUCCCCAUCCCCGACGAUGAGACGCACUCGUGCUUCAGUUUCCGCAAGCUGUGGGCGUUCACGGGGCCGGGGUUCCUGAUGAGCAUCGCUUACCUCGACCCCGGCAACAUCGAGUCCGACCUGCAGUCCGGAGCCGUGGCGGGGUUCAAGGUCUGGGGGGGCUGGGGGGGAAGGAGGACUUCGGUCAGGGGAGGAGGGGUUGGGAGGAGGAGAAGGGUUUGGGGUCGGGGGAGGAAGGUUUGGGGUCAGGGGAGGAGGAGAAGGGUUUGGGGUCAGGGGAGGAAGGUUUGGGGUCGGAGCGGAAAGGUGUGGGGUCAAGGAAGGAGGGGUUGGGGUCAGGGUAAGAGAGUUGGG